AUGAAAGAUUUAGGUGAUCUGAAGUACUUUCUAGAAAUUGAAGUAGCCAGGUCCACAACUGGUAUAUUUCUUUCUCAAAUGAAGUAUGUAUUAGAUCUACUCACUGAAACAGGAAUGCUUGGAUGCAAAUCUGUUGAUACACCCAUCGAGAUGAAUCACAAGUUAUGUGAAGACAUGGAUCAAGAACCAACCAAUAAGGAACAGUAUCAACGCCUUGUUGAAAGGUUGAUAUAUUUAGCUCACAUAAGACCAGAUAUUCCAUAUGCUGUAAGUGUGGUUAGUCAGUUUAUGCAUUCACCCUGUGUGUCCCAUAGGAAUGCAGUUGAUCGGAUCUUAAGAUACUUAAAGUCAGCACCUAGGAAAGGGUUAACGUUCUCCAAAAAUAGAGAUCUCGAAGUUGUUGGAUAUACAGAUGUUGAUUGGGCUGGCUCCAUUACUGACAGACGUUCUACUUCAGGUUACUUCACUUUUGUGGGAGGUAAUCUAGUCACUUGGCGGAGUAAGAAACAAAAAGUAGUUUCUCGAUCUAGUGCUGAAGCAGAGUAUCGAGGAAUGGCUCAAGGAAUUUGUGAAUUACUAUGGAUAAGAAGACUAUUAACAUAA